UAAAAGAAUCUUCUGGAGUUUAAUUUAAUUAUUAUUCGCCCUUUGUGUUGGCCAACCGUACAAAAUGGUGACCCCGCCUACUUGAUGACGACACGAGCCACAGCUGCCGAGCUCAUCACGUGACUUGCUGCGAUUGAUGGAAUCAACCACAACAUCAUCCACCGCACACACACCGACUGCAUCCACGUCCGACGCAGACACACCGCCGACCACAGAGCAAGAAGAAACACACCUGCUAACCGGUGAGAUCGUUCAAAUUACGCCCACCGCAAAGCCAACCGCCAAAAUGUCUGACUCUAUGGACCUUUUCAAAAAUCCUCAAAUAGCCUUUAAGCUUCUUGAGAGGAAGUUAGUUAAAGAUAACGUCACCUCAGAGUCGGACAAAUAUUAUGUUCUGUGUGAGAUUCUCAACCAAGGAGAGCUCACACCCUCAGUAGCCAAGCUCAUUUUGAAUGAGCCGAAUGAAAAUCCCUACAACACUCUCAGAGAUGAAUAUUUUAGAUCUGGCCACCCAGAUGAUUACCAGGCUGUUCGCCUAGCCUUGCAAAAACAAAGCAGAAAUGACAUGAAACCGUCCGAUUUUUAUGACCAACUAUUUGCCCUCGCUGAAUUAGAUGGCAAAUACAAAGAAAAUGACAUUGUUAUCGGCGACGUAGAGCAGGCCUGGAUAAAAUCAUUGCCAUGGGCAACUACCGUUGUGGCGAUCCACAAGACGCAAGGCUUGAACGCUGCCAAAAUUGCUGCGGACGCACUCUACGCCAACGGUAAAGCUAAUCCAAAUGCCUCACCUUCGGUUUUCACGGCUACUGCUUCCAAGGUUGCCCCAUUUGUUCCACAGGUUGCGGAGACCGGCAUCAGCGCUGAGCAGGCCAAGAUCAACAAAAGUCUGCAAGAGCAAAUCUACAACGUGAACUCCAAGUUGGACAAGAUCAUUAGCAAGCUGGACUCUGGCACCGGAAGCAAUCAACGAGGCAGAAGCACCAGCCGCGGCAACAACAACCAACGCAGCGGCAGCACCAGCUGGCAAGAAAAGCGCACAAUUGGAACGGAUGGCGUUUGCUGGUACCACACAAACUACGCUGUCACACGCUGCUGCGUUACGGGAUGCGUGAAAGCAGCUGAAUUCAAGGGAGAGUAUGUCCUCAAACCGUGGCAGUCAAAAAAUGCCGCGGGCAAGAGUCAGUAG